AUGUCGAGAUACUUCAUCAUCGCUGCGCUUUUAGCUACAAAUCUGAGUGUUUCAAUUGGUCCGUAUAUUCGCAUCUGUAAUCAUGGUGCUUUUCUAGCCAAAUGUUAUCUUGAAAUGCAAACGCUCACUUAUGGACUAUUCAUUCGUCGAUCUGAUACCGGAUUAUUUCCCGUAGUUCAAUGCGCGACUCUAGACAUACCUUAUGAUGUUGUUUGGUCACAAAUGGAAUGUAAAGCACUGACAUUUAUUGCCACUUAUCGAUCAAUAUUUAUCACAGAAAUUCCAUCAGGACUGCUUAAUACCUGUUUUAGUCUAACUGGCACGACACUAAACCCAUCGUGGUUACAAACGCGUUGUUAA